AUGUCUACCAAAAAGAAACUCGACGAAGAGAUUGCUCGACCACCAUCCAGAGAAGAUUCUCAAUACAUCGGAACCACAGAGAAGCUUGACGAUGCGCGUAACCGAGAGUUCUAUGGAGAUUCAAUCACUGAAUCCUACCGCCUCAAGUCAGAGCUUGUCGGCAAGUGCAUGGAAAAGAUUGGCAUGGGACCAUACCAAUGGGAACUUUUCGUUGUCACUGGCUUUGGCUGGAUCACGGACAACUUCUGGUCCCAAGGCAUCGGCACCAUUCAACCUGCCGUCAAGGUCGAAUUUACAGAUGUCACCCGGGUAAGCUUCAGCUCAAUCGCGUACUAUGCCGGCCUCAUCUGCGGCGCGUCGUUCUGGGGCAUCUCCGCAGAUUUCAUUGGCAGAAAGCCCGCAUUCAACAUGACUCUCUUGAUCGGCGGCAUCUUCGGCCUUGUCAUUGGCGCCUUGGAUCACUUCGUUGGCUUCUGCGUCGUUUGGGCCAUUAUCGGCACAGCAGCAGGAGGAAAUGUUCCUGUUGAUUCAAUGAUCUUCCUUGAGUUUGUUCCAGGCUCACACCAGUACUUGUUGACUGCGCUAUCUGCCUGGUGGAAUUUCGGACAAGUCAUUGUGUCUCUGGUUGGCUGGGUGUUCAUCGCACACUUUUCGUGCUCUGCGGACGCUGAGCCCGAAUCUCCUCGCUACCUCCUCAGCAAGAGCCGCGAUGCAGAAGCUGUAGAAGCCGUCAACUACGUCGCACGACGGAACGGCAAGCCAGAGCCCUUGAGUCUAGCCAUGCUCCAGCAAAUCGACUUCGAAAUCGGAGCCGCAGUCAACCCCGAGGAGACUGGCCGACAGGGCCUCUCGCACAUGCAAAUCCUCAAGGAGAACCUGGCGGACUUCAAAUCCACAAACUUCAAAACCCUCUUCGCGACCAAGAGGCUAUCUCAGCACACUUCUCUCAUCUGGCUCAUCUGGUUGACCAUUGGCAUAGCCUACCCGCUCUACUUCAACUUCCUCCCCACCUACCUCGCUCAGAAGUUCACCGAGAACGACUCACUGUCCAUCACCUAUCGAACUACUGCAUUGAUGCAGACGAGACUCGGCCGCCGUCACAUGAUGGGGCUCUCGGCCAUCAUCACCGGCAUAUUCCUCUUCGCAUACACGGCCGCAAGAACCCCAACGGCCAAUCUGGCCUUCUCAUGCGUCAUUGGCCUCUGGGGAAACUUUGAAUACGCCAUCAUGUACGCCUUCACCCCGGAGUCAUUCGCCGCACCAACGCGCGGUCUUGGGACGGGGUUGGCGGCUACGCUUUUGCGGCUUGGAGGGCUCUGCGCGAGUCUUAUUGGCACUUAUACGAACUUCUCGGUGGUGCCGAUCUAUGUGAGCGGAGCUAUGUGGAUUGCGGUUGGGUUGAUUUCGUUCUUGCUGCCGUUUGAGACGCAUGGGAUUGCGGCUAUAUAGAGUUGGUCGGUGGCGUGAAGUGUUUGACGGCAGCGGGUUGAGAGGAGCUGCCUUCAAAUAUCGUCAGUGUUAGCUGGCUCGAAGCUAGCCUUGUAUGAAGUAGAUUGACUGGCACAUAAGGUUAUAUCAAUCAUUACGGAAUGAUAUAUGCAGCUACGAUGUAUGUAGUAUGAAAUAGUACAUACCUAAGAAGCAAGUAAUGAGGCAAAAUCAG